AUGAUUGAUGCAAGCGUGGACGCGGACCGGCAUCAUCGUAACGGAAGCGAGCGCGCGCAAAUCGCAGCUUUGCCGCUGAAUCUGAUUGCGCACAUCGUUUCCUGGAUCGAAGACCCCGGCGACCUUGCUCGCCUCUGUCAAACAUGCCGCUUGCUGCAUUACAUGGCCAUUCCGCAUCUCUACCGCGACAUCUCUCUUACUUCGUACGACCGCAUCCGAUACCGCAACGAGCAGCCGGAAGGAUGGGGCAAUGCAAGCCCCUUCUCCAUGGGACUCAACACCCUGGUUACGCGAGCCCAUGCAUCCCUCGUGCAGUCAAUGACUCUGCGCGGCGAGUGGAACGAGCCCGAGCUGAAGGAACACUCCAGGGUCGGUCGGGUGCCGGACUCUUCUAUGAUGCUUAACAUUACUGUGAGGGCGGCUCUUGAUCGAACCAAAAACAUAGAAAGCUUCAGCUGGGAACUCAACACAAAAAUGCUGGAGACCGUGUACUUAGGUCUACUUCAGCUACCCAAACUUACGUCUUUGUCCAUACGAUUUCCUACGAGCAGACACCCGCGUCCCAUAUAUACCAUUCCGGCAAUGCCGCAUUUGCGCUGUCUAAAAGUGACCGAUAUCGACCCCCUCUGCUAUCCAGACGACAUCUCCACGCUCCUGGCAAAAAGCCCACAUCUUCAGGAAUUGGUAAUGCAUUGGUCUCCGCGCAUGCGAGAAUCCCAGGAACCCAGCGUCACCUUUCACGAUUAUUUCCGCCACUGUGUCAAGGAAAAGUCGCCUCUGAAACUAAGAAAAUUCUCCUUUUACAACAUGUACGCGAGGAACUCCAAUGAAUGGAAAGAAGCUAUCGACGAGUCCGUUGUCGAGGAGAUGACUCAUCUCAGCGAUUUUGACGGUCAGGAUCACACUCGUAACCUGACGUUUGUCGACAAGACAUGGUCAGGGGUUCGCCCGGACCUCACCCAGCAGUCAAGGUUGAAAUCACUCAGGCACGAUUUAGUGUCAAAAGAUGUAUGCGAGUUCUUGUCUUCCUUUAAAGGUCUAGAGAGGUGGUACUGCGUGAAUUUCACCCGCGCAACCGGGUACAGGCAAAAAAUGCGACUGUCAGGGCUUUCACAUCAAGUAGCUAACGACACGAGUCCUAAUUCUAUCGUUGCUGCUGCUGUUGGAAAUGGUUCGACAAUUGCUCCAUCUUCUCCUCGAUCUCCGGCUUCUAGUAUAAGCCCUCUCCUUCAACUUCGUGAUAAUUACUUCAACACGAUCAUAACAAAUCAUGGCACUACGUUGCGCCACCUUGUUCUUCCCUCACGCUGGCCGCUGACGACCAGGAAUCUUGCUCACUUGGUCCAAACCUGUCCCAACCUAGAACAGCUUUCAAUUGCUCCGGAAGUUUCUACCUUGGAGACAUUUGGUCUACUGCUCCCAUUUCUACGAAAGCUAGAAGCCUUGCGAAUUCUAAUUUGUCCUACCACAUCAGCGCAAACCCCAGUGCAGUCAAUAUUUCACCCUUCGAUGACUGUAUUGAGUAUGACUGAUCUCGCAGAACUUGAUGAUAGUCUCCAUGCCGAGAAGUUCAGUGUAGUGUUAGCUGACCGAAGCCGGACCAGUCAGCUAAAGGUUAUUGGUCUUGGCUGGAAAGCUUGGGAGCUGGGAGAUUUCUAUUGUGUUCCAGCAUCCAGUCCUGGCUCUACCGGCACAGGCGAUCUCGAGUCACCACUUGCUAAUACCCCUGUUAGCGAGUUGCCCAGGGUCAGGCAACAGCAUAAUCUUCCCUCCAAGUCACCUCCGUCUACGCUGGGUAAACGUACUCGUGAUGAAGCGUCGCCGCCACCUAUAGAAUCUCCAAAUAAGCCUACAUUGAUUAUGGAUUCGGAUAAUUUCUAUGAAACACUGCCCUCGGGAGAGACGGUCGUGUGGAGACGUCACGUUCGACCAGCGAAUUGGGAUUUCCUCAAGAAAUGGGAGAUAUGGGCUUUAGAUUCGCAAGAUUGA